UCGGUAAGUCGGUAAAACAUUAUUGUGCUAGUUGAAAAUUCUAAUCUAAAUUUUCUUCUAUGUAUGUUUAGGCAUUGUCAUCAUCUACUUCAGUAAAACGCAUAACCGAAUUAUAUCAACGUUUCUAUCACUAGCAGAACUGGAAAAUGCAGAUUCUGGUGGUAUAGUGGACUGUCUGAAAAGAAUUAAAAAAGCUUAAACUAAAUAUUAAUAAACUUAUCGGAAUUGGUACAGACAACGCCAACGUCAUGGUUGGUCGCAACAAAAGUGUCUACACGGAAUUAAAGCGAGAAAUUCCAUCUCUAACUUUGGUCAAAUGUGUCUGCCAUUCUAUCCAGUUGGCAAUUAAUCAUGCUUCUAAAGAGUGCCUUCCUCACGGCGUUGAAUUUCUUAUUUAUGAGACUUACAACUGGUUCAGUAAAAGUUCCAGUCGCAGAUUACAAUACAAACAGAUUUUCCAGCUAAUCAACGAUGAAAAUGCGCCGUUAAAAAUUCCAAGAGUUAGCGACACACGAUGGCUUUCAAUUGAAGGGACCGUAUCGCGAAUACUACAGCAGUGGCUGGAGAUGAAGACACAUUUUGGUAUUACUAGCAAUUCUGAAAAAUGUCAUAAAGCAGAAAUUCUGUACGAAAUGUAUAAAGAUGAACGAAAUUAUCUCUACCUUCUGUUUUUGAGGCCAAUACUUGCCGAGUUACUUGCUCUUAAUAAUAGCUUUCAAAGUAACAAUACUGACCCGACGAAAUUACUUAAAGACUUUGCAGUUGUAAUUAAUUCUUUAAAAAGUAAAAUCAUUAGCCCAGAUAAUGAUGUAGAUGUAAUCUCGAUUGAUUUUGAGCUAUAUAUCAAUAAAAGUUGCUAUUUGGGAUAUAACUUCGAAAAGAAAAUAUUAGAGAUGAAAUCCUCCUCUGGGCUAACCGAGGAAUCAGAAAAAUAUAUAAGAACAAUAUGUACAAAUUUUGUAGUAGUGCUUAUCAACCAACUAAAACAAAGGUAUAAUAGUAACAUGCACAUAUACAUACGUAUUAAUAUAAAAUUAUUUGAAAAAUGUUAUUAUUGCAGGUUACCAGAUAAUUUCGAUACGAUUAAAAAAGUUAAUAUGUUUUCAGUGGGCAAUGUUUUACGUGCAUCGCAUGAGGAGAUAGAAGAUGUUUUAAAACAUUUUAAUUACAGUGAUGAUAUGAUAGAAAAAAUUAUAAUUCAGUAUAAUAGAAUUAAUUUUGUAAAAUGGAAUAAUAUAAGCAAUACAAUGCAAUUUUGGGCAGAAGUUCAAACUUAUACGGAUGCAGGUGGUAACAAAUUGUUUUCCGAUUUGGCGGAAUUUGCACUUCAUUUACUUUCACUACCUUGGUCUAAUGCAGACGUGGAACGAUUAUUCAGUCAGCUAAACUUGGUGAAAACAAAGCUACGCAACAGUAUACACUUAAUUACUAUAAAUGCUAUAUUAAGUAUAAGAUACGGUCUUAAAAGGCAUAAUAAGUGCUGCACAGACUAUGAAAUUCCAAGAAGUUAUUUAAAGAUGAUUGGAACAAAUAAGGCAUACGAAAACCAGAGUAUCGAUUAUAAUAAUCAGUCCGAUGAUAAUUUAUAUAAAAUUAUAAAUGAGUUGUAACCUGCCUAACUUUUGUGAAAACUGAAAGUUUAGUUAAAAAAUAACGUUCGACUGAAAUUUUCAUA